ACACAGCAAUUGGCAAAGCCAAAUAGGAUAUAUGACUUAGAGUGUGAUCCACCCAAAACACUAGCCAUGGCUUCAUUAGGGCGUCAUAUGAUCCUGACUUGCCUCAAGAUUAGAACCAUUUCUUCACCAAGAAACCUCCCACUACAGUGUGUGCAAAGACAUUUUCCCACAUUCUUUCAGCUAACUGAGGCAACGCAAUCAUUUCACAGCUGUGCUAGAUGCCUUAAAAAUGCAGACAUCCCCGGAGGAUCAGGCAUCUCUAGAGUCGAGAGAAAUACCAUGGUCCUCUCUAAGACCCUCUUUGAGGAAGCAUCGCAGGAUUCACCAAACAAAGGUGCCUUCAAGGAUGUCGUCACCACCUUCACAGAGUUGGACAAGAGACGAAGAGGCCACAUUCAGUUCAUUGAGACGGCACUGAGAUACAUGAAGGCCUUCGGUGUGGAGAAGGACGUUGAUGCCUACAACAAGUUGCUUGAUGUCUUUCCCAAAGGAAAGUAUGUUGCUAAGAAUGCAUAUCAGUCCAUGUUUAAUCACUACCCAGAGCAACAGGUGUGUGGUAUCAAGGUUCUACAGCAAAUGGAAGACAAUGGGGUCUUACCAAACAACGAUACCAAGGAAAUCCUUAUCAGUGUUUUUGGUCGGAAGGCCCAUCCCAUCAAGAAGUACCAGCGCCUGAUGUAUUGGUUCCCUAAGUUCAGGAACAUCAAUCCUUUCCCGCUCCCCCAGGAGAUGCCAUCAGACCCCAUUAAACUUAGCGAGAUUGGACUGAAGAGGAUAUCAGAAUAUGAAGCAGAAUUCACGGUUUAUAGUUUUGAUAGGUCUAGUGAGACAUCAGUAAUGUGCCAGGGCGAGGAUUACUCUGAUCUCCAAGGCCAGGACUACAUCGCUAGUGUGCAGAGUCCAGACCAGAAAGAGGACCUGGCCCAGCACCAAAUCUUCAGACCUCUCUAUGUGGAAGGACCAUACACACUAUGGCUCAAAACAACCAGGCAAUCAUACUAUGUGUUAAGAACAGACCCAAUGGAGUUACAGGACCCCAUCAUGUAUGACAGAGGUCAACUUCCCCCAGCCCCUCGAGAAGGCAAUGUCUACGCCAUGUGCAUGACCAGCGAUGGAAACCGAGCAGUGUUGAGUGAAUGGAUCAAUAGACUACAAGAUGAAAAUCCUCACUUAGCGAGGCUCACAGUCAUUUUCAACCUGUUUGACAAGAAAGGUGAUGGCCAGGAGACCCAGGUUCAUCAUAUAGGAGAAGGAAACAAGAUGCUUGGGAGUUGAUGUUAAUUGAACAGAGAUAAAUUUAAUUGGAUGAAGUAUUUAUAACCCCACUCUAUCAGGUGUGAAGGAGUUUUUAACCUAUUCUACAAGGCAUUUAAUGGCUAGGACACCCUCAUUCAUCAUAGAGGAGAGAAUCUUUAAGAUACUAUGAUGGUGGUAAUAGAAAUGUGAGAUCCAGAUCUAGUCAUGCUCACAGUGACCUUUAAUCUGUUUGACAAGGAAUGCAAUGGCAAUGACCCAAAGGAUUCAUCAUAAUACAGAUGGAAUUUAGAUGCAAGGAAGUCUAGAAAAUACUACAUUAAGAAACUGAUUUAUAUAAAGAUUUGAAAUUCCUCACCAAGUUUUUAACUUGUUUCAUCAUAUAAGGGAGGGAAUUAAAGAUGCUAUGAAGUUGGUAGGAAAAGGGUUAUGUAUGGAAUUGAAUAGGGAACAUAGACCCCUCACUAUUGGAGCUAACAGUCAUCUUUAACCUCUUUCAGCUCACAAAGAAAGUUAUGUUCUUAAGGAUUAAUGUGUCAAUUGUAUGCGAGAUGCUCGGUAAAAGGAAGCAGGUUGAAUUCAUCAUUAUUGCACCCUUUUGAAACUAGGAGACAGUAACAUGUCAUUUAUCAUUGAGCUGAUUUGCAUCCUCAACACAGACAUAGAAUCUGUUGGUUGUGUGUAAAUGGGGAAGUUGCCAUGUAAGAAGCAUGCUUCUCAUUCUUGUUUUAAAUUUUGAUUGUCCUUGGCAAGAUCUGUGUCACUGGAGAUAUCAGAUGCACAGCUUAUUCCAUGAAGCUAUUGCCAAGGAACCUUUUCUUUAGAUGUCACUUGCCCAUGUUAUAGUGACAAAAGCAGUUGGUAAUGAAAGUUGUGAUAUGUGGCAUUCAUGACUCUUGAUACCCUAUUAAUUAU